ACUAUCCAUUACCAAACAGUCUGGUAGUUUCUUACAAGGUUAAAAUUAGGAUUUCCCUAUUAUCCAGCAAUUGCACUCCUAGGUAUUUACCCAAACAAGUUGAAAACUGAUGUCAUACAAAACUCUGCACAUAGAUGUUUAAUAGUGAAGCUGUGGGCAAGCAGUGUGUUCCUUGGCUUCCAUGACAAGGAUCCCUGGAUGUGGCUCUGGGGCCUAAUUAGAAGAAUUUACCUUGUAUAAGAGCUAUCCAUGCUCCCUGAGCCUUUCUGAACCCUAAUCUAGAGAUACAACCACCCUCCUGGGCUCCAAAGAACAGUUCCCCCAAUCCCAGAGGUGGCCCAGUGGGAGAGCUUGGCCCCCUGAGCCAUGGCACCUGGGGAGGGUGUGGGAAUCCCCCUACUCCCAGCGAGGCGCCCUCCCAGGGAUGUCCAUCCUCCUGCGGGUACAGAACAGCCCCACCUCACCCCAUGCCAGAGAAGGCCAUCCUGGGUCUAAAGAAUGCCCCCCACCCCCAUCCCAGAGUUGGCCCAGCAAGAGAGAGUUUGGUCCUCCAGCUCCUGGCACCCUGGAGAGGGUGUGGGAAACUCCUGCUUCCAGUUGAGCUCCCCCUCCUGCCUCUUUUAUGUAAGGACAGCCACUCCUCCAUUGCAGCAGACUUGCCUGGGCAGGUGGGGUCCCCUGGGCUGGCUCUUCAGUCCCCGUUAGAGCUGACACUGCCCUCUAAGGAUCCCCUCCCCAGUCUGCAGCCACAGCUCUUGCUUCUCUGAUGGGACCAAAAAGGACACGUGCAGUGGCUUCCCAACCCUUCUGAGACUUGUUCCCCUUGCACACGGAGGGAUGGCCAAGGUCAGAGAAGGGUGACUGUGGCCACAGGGGGCUUGGGGCGGGGGGUGGAUGAGGCUCUGGGGCAGGACGGAUUCUGUCUCCUGGAAGAUUAAGGUUGGGACUUUCUUGGGUCCAAAAGUCUCGGUCAUCAAGGUAGAGCCUCCAACCAUUAUCUACAGUCUACAAAGAGACAUUCUUUAGAAAGACUAGAGGUGCAGACAGGAAAAUGCUCCAAGGCAGCUGUGUUCAAAGGUGUGUCCAAACAAGAAGCCUCGAAGGGACCCUGGGUUCCCAUAUGUCUGCUGGGGGGCCUGGGGCUUUCCCAGAAAGGGAAGCUGGGGGCUGCUGCCCCAGUGCUGUUUCCUUCUGCUACUUUCCCUCUGGGGCCAGCCUCCUGGGCAAGAGCAGUUCUCACCCACAGCCUGCAGGUGCCCUAGGACUUGCUGUGUUUUCUCAGCUCCAUGGGCAUCUAACUGGAGGCCUCAGAGGCUACCCAAAACCCCUCGCAAUGGCCCCUGCCCCUUCCGUGCUGCAUUCUUCCUGCUGAACCCCAUUUCCCCACAGAUUCCAUCUCAGGGUUACUUCAGCUCGGUGUCCUGCCCCCACUGUUCUGGGGGGCCCUCUGGCUUCCCCAGCCAUCCCACUCUGCAGAGAGCUUGCCCCCAAACAUCAGUCAUCCAGAUAACAUCUUUUACUCACUGUUUAUACUGUAGUAAUGUACAUAUAACACAACAUUUCCACCUUAACCAUUUUUGAAGUGUACAGUUCCAUGGCAUUAAUUACAUUCACAAUGUUGUGCAACCAUUACCACUGUCCAUUACCAAAAGUUUUUCAUCACCCCAGGCAGAAAUGCUGCACCCAUGAAGCAAUAACUCCCCAUUCCUCCUUCCCCCGCUCCUGGUAACUUCUGAUCUACUUUCUGUCUCUAUGAGUUUGCCUAUUCUAGAUAUUUCAUAGAAGUGGAAUUGUACAAUAUCUGUCCUUUGUGUCUGGCUUAUUUCACUCAGCAUAAUGUUUUCAAGAUUCAUCCAUAUUGUACCACGUAUCAGAACGUCUUCCCUUUUUACGCUUGAAUAACACUCCAUUGUGUGUGUAUACCACAUUUUUAAAAAUUCAUUCACCCGUUGAUGGACACUUGGGUUGUUUCCACAUUUUGGCUCCUGUGAAUGAUGCUGUGAUGAACAUUGGUGUACAGGUAUCUGAGUCCCAGUUUUCAGUUAUUUUGGGCAUAAACCUAGGAAUUGAAUAGCCAGGUCAUAUGGUAAUUCUUUUUUUAACUUUUGGGAAUCACCAAACUGAUUUCCACAGUGGCUGCACCAUUGUACAUUCCCAUCAACCAAGCUCCAGAGUUCUGAGUUCUUCACAUCCACAGCAACAUCAAGAUACCUCUUUUAAUGCAAUAUUUUUAAAAAGCAAAAAUAAUGCAAAAAAAAAAAAAAAAAUCCACAGUGAACCAAAUGUCAAAAUGUCAGCAUUCAAGGAGCCAGUCAUCUGCACAUAUGCUGCUGUGCGUGGACGAGGGGUGGAGGAGUUGGCUUGCAGGAAAAUAGUGGUUCCGGGGCGCAAACUUUAUGGCCUUCCCGCCGACCCUCCUCCCUGGCGCCUUCCCCUUCCCGCGAAUCUGGCUUCCCAGGUGCAGGCCAGGCUGCAGCAAGAGGGAAGGCCACGCUGCUCAGCUCUUUCCAAGCUCACGGGUGUCCCCCAGUGCCUCACACUGACCCAGCCCGCGAGGCCACACCCUGCCGUGGUCCUACCUCAAUCCUCUCCUUGCCAGCGCCCCAAGUGCAAGUGCGCGGAAACUGGUUGCACUGGAGAGGGUGGGGGUUGGAGCUUCCGCCGAGUCUGCUCCACGGCAGAAGGGGUCCAGCACCGGGUGUCGUCUGUCCCCGGCGCGGCGGAGUGUCGCCCCGUGGAACCUCCCAGCCCGGGCCGCUCCAGGGCGGACCUGACAAUAUCCCUUCCCUCUUUCCCCGCAGAGUGCGGCCAUGAGGAGGAAUCGAGCCUCAGCGUUUGGCAGACUUCGCUGCUGAUCGCCUUGGGGACGCUCCUGGCCCUCGGGCUCGCCGCGCUCCUCUGCAGGCGGUACUCGGUGAUACAAAAGGUCUUUCCCCCUAUUCCUCGGGUAAAAGACCCCAUCAAGGACAACUUCCUGAGUGACAGCAUCAGCAUGAUGGUGUGGGACGAAGGCAGCGCGUGCCUAGAGGAGUGUCGGGUGGAAGAAGUGCAGCUUGUGGGGGAGUCGUGAAGCCCGGAGGGAGGGCAGGCUGCCUCGGCCACCGGCGUCCAACGUGGCUUUACACACAGCUCUUUACACGGCUGGGUGUCAGGGGUGUGGGCUGGGAAGCGCGAGAGAAUUUAGUGAGGAGCUGCAGCUGAGAAGAACGGAACCUUUGGGUUUUGCUUAUCUCCUGAAUAAAGGGCUUUUUUCACUGCCUUCGGUUAAUCCGGCCAGUUUGGGGCCACCUCUCCAUCUUCCUGAAAUUGGCUCCUGCCAGGGUAUCAAUUGCAUGUCAUCUUCCCUGACUCCUGUCAACCCCCCCCCCCUCGAGUUGUACUUUGUUUUCUUGCUGUACUUCCUCAUUCUUUGUAAGCCACUUUAAACUGCUUGUGCGUCAAGGGGGUAGCUUCCCUA